AUGCGUAGCACUGAACCUCACCACAUUUGGGUACCGGGCGGUGAUAGACGUGGCAGGAAAAAGACCAUAUCGGACCCAUCGGACUUUCGGGUCCCGAAAAGUGCGAGCGACCCAUCGGAGUGGGGUAUGCUGGCCUCCUCCGACCACGAGGUGUUCGGCUCCAAGGCGGACCUACAGCUGCACACGCAGAUCCACCUGCGCGAGGCGAAGCCCUACCGCUGCACCCAGUGCCCGAAGGCGUUCGCCAACUCCUCGUACCUGGCGCAGCACUCGCGCAUCCACCUCGGCAUAAAGCCGUACCGCUGCGAGAUCUGCCAGCGCAAGUUCACGCAGCUGUCGCACCUGCAGCAGCACAUCCGCACGCACACAGGUGACAAGCCCUACAGGUGCACGCAGAUCGGCUGCACGAAGGCGUUCUCGCAGCUCUCCAACCUGCAGAGCCACAGCCGCUGCCACCAGACGGACAAGCCGUUCAAGUGCAACUCCUGCUACAAGUGCUUCACGCACGAGAAGGACCUGCUCGAGCACAUACCGAAGCACAAGGAGUCGAAGCACCUAAAGACGCACAUCUGCCAGUACUGCGGCAAGAGCUACACGCAGGAGACGUACUUGAGCAAGCACAUGAACAAGCACGCAGAGAGGGCGGACAAGCGGCCGCCGAUCUCCGCGCUGGGCUUGAGCGGGCUCAACCGCUCGCUGGCGGCCGCCGCGCCGACCGCGGCCCCUUUCGGGGAGCACCCCUACUGGCCCAAGGUGAGCCCCGACUCCGCCGCGCACAUGUCCGACGAGGGCUACCACCAGCACCGAGACGGCGAGGACCACCACGAGCAGUUGCAGCAGCAGCGGGCCCUGUUCCAGCACGAGGCGCAGGACGACCGCAUCCAGCCGCCCGUCUCCUCGGCCAGCUCGGCCUUCACGCCGAUCAACUCGAUGGCGCCACCUGAACGGGCUCUCGCACCACGGCGCCCUCCCCACGCGGCCGUACCUCUACGACCCGCUCCACUUCCAGCAGGGCAAGCAGCAGCCCAACUCCUUCCCCAACCAGCUGAUAUCGCUGCACCAGAUCAGGAACUACGCCCACCAGCCGUCGGCGCUGCUGCCGGCGGACCACAUCCUGCCCCACUCCCUCGCGCACAAAGACAAACAAUAAGCAACGGCCGACUUGCCCUUCGUUCCGUAGGCGCUCCCUACGUUUUAGCACUUACUACGGUUGUGGUUUAUGUGAUUCGGACGGGGAUCCCGUGUUUGGAGGCCGCGUCGGCCGUCCAGAAGUUUACCGUGCGCUUGUCCGCCACAAAAUUGUUACGGUUUGGCGCCGACGCCUCGGCAGCGAUGGGA